UAUAUGUGAGUGCCUCUUUUUUGUCCUAAUUCUACCACAACAACAACAUCAUAAAUUUUGUUGUUCUUCAUCAUUUGAAAAAAUGGGUUCUCAAAACUAUGAUCAUCAUGAGUAUGAAGCAUGUGUUUUAGAGAAUGGAGGCAACAUAAAGGGAAUAUUAACCAAGGAAAUUAGUAUGAAACAUGGUAGAACAGCACAUAACAUGUCAUCAUCUUCAUUGCGCAUGAAAUCUGACAUAAUUCUUGUCUCAAAAGUUCACUAUGGAAUCAUUAGAAAUCUUUUGGAUAAUUUCCAAGAAGUUAUUCUUGGAACAAAGCUUUCCAUUCUUUUUCCAGCCAUUCCUUUUGCCAUUUUAGCUCAAUGCUAUGGUUUUGCAAGACCUUGGGUUUUUGCAUUGAGCUUACUUGGUCUUAUCCCUCUUGCUGAAAGAGUCAGCUUCUUGACAGAACAGAUAACUUAUUACACAGGUCCCACAGUGGGAGGACUUUUGAAUGCAACAUGUGGGAAUGCUACAGAACUCAUCAUAGCAAUAUUUGCACUUAGAAAUAACAAAAUUGCUGUAGUCAAGUAUUCUCUACUUGGUUCCAUUCUCUCCAACCUUCUUCUUGUUCUUGGAACCUCUCUAUUAUGUGGCGGCAUUGCAAAUAUUAGAGCAGAACAAAAAUAUGACAGAAGACAAUCAGAUAUGAACUUGUUUAUGCUUCUUAUGGCAUUCUUGUGUCACUUACUGCCAAUGUUGUUUCAAUAUGGUGGUGCUUCGAUGGCUUUCGAUGCAGACUCAUCUCUGCAAUUUUCAAGAGCUGCUAGCAUUGUGAUGGUUAUUGCAUAUUUUGCAUAUCUUAUCUUCCAACUAUGGACUCACAGGCAAUUAUUUGAAGCACAAGAUGAAGAUGAUGAAGAAAAUGAUUCGGAAGAAGCAGUUAUAGGAUUUGGGAGUGGUUUUGCUUGGCUAGUUAUUAUGACUGUUUUCAUUGCUAUUUUGUCUGAAUAUGUGGUUGACACAAUUGAGGAUGCAUCGGACUCAUGGGGUCUAUCUGUCAGCUUCCUCAGCAUAAUCAUGCUACCAAUAGUUGGAAAUGCAGCUGAACAUGCAGGAGCUAUCAUAUUUGCUUUCAAGAACAAACUGGACAUCACUUUGGGUGUUGCUUUGGGUUCUGCAACUCAAAUUGGAAUGUUUGUGGUUCCUCUAUGUGUAAUUGUUUCUUGGAUUCUUGGAAUCAAAAUGGACCUUAAUUUCCACCUCCUAGAAACAGGUUCUCUUGCUAUGGCAAUAAUAACCACAGGCUUCACAUUACAGGAUGGAACUUCUCACUACUUGAAAGGCCUUAUUCUCUUGCUCUUGUACAUUGUUAUUGGGGCAUGCUUUUUUGUACAAAGAACACCCUCUGACCAUGCUGAUAUUGCUAACAUAAUGCUUCAUUCAGCAACUGAUGCCAAUUUUAGAGCUUAAUAGGCUUUGGCACAUUUUAGUCUAUUGGAGGUCAAAAGUAGCUGCAGCAACCAAACUUAUAUAAUAAGAUUUAAUUUAAUGGAUUUGUUAUUUGUUCAUUAGUUAGUUAUAGACUUAUAGUAAUCUCUAGAAAGAUAGCUAGCUGUUUUAAUUUGUACAUAGACCUUUUCAAAUGACUGUGUCCAAAAAUUUAAACUUAUUCAUGUAAUAUGAUAUGAGGGUCCUGACAAGAGUUUGUUAGAAAUUUGGUGUACUUAUGCGGGCGGGUUCUUACUUUAUCAUUGGCAUGCUGGGUGAAGACCACAUCUAAAAUUGUUCUUAUGUGACAACAUAAAUACGAACACUUUUCGAAUUAAGCAUGUCUCAAUUAGACAU